AGCGCAAAGACUACGGUUGCGCUUCGUCUUCGAUCCGUUCCUGGUUCUCGAUCGACAAAAUAGUGUUCGAUGGAUGUCUCCGAGAAGUCUCGCCGGCCCCUCGUCCCCGGCUACCUCUACUCCUCGGCCUCCAGACCCCUCGGUCUGGAGCGGAUGAUCUCGGGGAGCAGCCGCAUCUCCCAGGCAGGGAAUGGUGGCGCUUCGAUGGUCGCCCAAGCGCCGAGCGAACCCGGGAAGAUCGAGCUGUACUCGCCUAUGUACUACGCCGUCUGCACCUUCGGCGGAAUAGCCAGCUGCGGCCCCACCCACACGGCCGUCACCCCGCUCGAUGUCGUCAAGUGUAACAUGCAGAUCGACCCAGCGAAGUAUAAGAGCAUCACCUCAGGGUUUGGUGUGCUGCUCAAAGAACAAGGUGUCAGGGGAUUCUUCAGAGGCUGGGUGCCGACUCUGCUCGGAUACAGCGCCCAGGGAGCAUGCAAGUACGGGUUCUACGAGUUCUUCAAGAAGUACUACUCUGACAUCGCCGGACCUGAAUACGCCGCCAAGUACAAGACUCUGAUCUACCUUGCCGGCUCUGCUUCUGCCGAGGUGAUUGCCGAUGUAGCCCUCUGCCCCUUCGAGGCCGUGAAGGUGCGAGUCCAGACGCAGCCAGGAUUUGCUCGGGGUUUGAGUGACGGAUUGCCCAAGUUCGUCAGAUCUGAGGGUGCUCUGGGAUUGUACAAAGGAUUGGUCCCACUUUGGGGGCGUCAGAUUCCCUAUACUAUGAUGAAAUUUGCUUCCUUUGAGAACACCGUUGAAAUGAUCUACAAAUACUCAAUUCCAACGCCGAAGGAGCAGUGCAGUCGAUCACUUCAGGUGGGGGUGAGCAUUGUUGGCGGCUACAUUGCCGGUGUCUUCUGCGCCAUCGUCUCUCAUCCCGCUGACAAUCUCGUCUCCUUCCUCAACAACGCCAAAGGCGCCACUGUUACUGAUGCUGUGAAGAGACUUGGACUGUGGGGGCUUUGUACGAGGGGGCUUCCCCUUCGAAUUGUCAUGGUUGGUACUCUAACUGGUGCACAGUGGGGAAUAUAUGAUUCUUGCAAAGUGAUGGCUGGCCUGCCAACGACUGGUUCAGUUGCUGCUGCUGUUCCUUCUACUGCUUGAUUGCGAGGCUUCUGCCAAUGAAGACACCAAUUCUGGGUUGGAGUACCCCAUUGCCUGCGUAUUUUUCUUUAUAGACGAUUGGCUUUGAUCCCUUCCCUUGGGUGUGAGCCACUCAUCAAACAGUAUAGAUAACACCUUCAGCAUGUCAGUCUAAUUAUCUUCAACACAUGUGUUUGUGAUCUAUUAUUCUUUUUCUCCAAAAUGAACUCUAUUCUUCUCUUUCCAUUAUAUAUAUACAAAUCAUUUGUUUCCA